AUGCUACAAAAUGUUCCACACCAAAUUGUACAAUCACCAGCCAGAUUAGGCCUACCCAACCAUAAUUCGCCGUCUCUUCAAAACCAAACCCCUCCCAAAUUCUCCUCUCAAACUUCUCAAUCUCAUCACUCCCAUCACCAAGGGAAUGUGUCAAGUACAACCACCACCUCCUCAACCCUCCUUCCUCUCCUACCACCUCUAUCUAGAGCACAAUCUCUUCUCCUCCAAAUGGCUUCCCUUGCCUCCAGACUCUUUGAAGUCUCUCCAAAUCGGCCCCAUUGGCUUAGUGCCUUCCGUGGCUCCCUUCCUUCCUUUCUAUCUUCCCAAACCCAAUCCUUGACACCAACUCCACCAGACUUCUUGCCUUCCUCCACCAAAGAAAUCCUUUCUCUUUUCACAACUCUUCAAACUCAGCUCUUUGAGGCUGUUGCAGAACUUCAAGAAAUUCUAGAUCUGCAAGAUGCUAAGCAGAAACUCACCCGUGAUAUUCGGUCCAAAGAUUCUGCAAUGCUUGCCUUUGCCAACAAACUUAAAGAAGCUGAGCGGGUUCUUGACAUCCUUGUAGACGAUUACUCUGAUUAUCGCCGUGCCAAACGUUCAAAGUCUGAGGAUGAUAUAGACAAUUCUUGUACCACAACCGUUUCAACUCAGCUAAAUUUAUCUGACAUUUUGUCAUAUGCCCAUAGGAUAAGCUACACAACUUUUGCGCCACCAGAAUUUGGUGCUGGUCAGGCUCCUCUCCGUGGGGCACUCCCACCUGCUCCACAAGAGGAGCAAAUGCGUGCAUCUCAAUUAUACAGCUUUGCUGAUCUAGAUGUUGGUUUACCCAAGUCCGUCGAAAGUGAGGAGAAAACAAUUGAGCCACUCAUUGAAACAGCAGCUAUGCAACCAGUAGAAUCCAAUCCACUUGCUAAUCUGCCUGCACUUCAGGGCCUGAUUCCUCCAAAUAUUGUGGUACCAUCAGGAUGGAAACCUGGGAUGCCUGUGGAGUUGCCUAGCGAUAUGCCUAUUCUUCCUCCGCCUGGAUGGAAGCCUGGUGAUCCAGUUGCACUGCCCCCGUUGGAUUCUCUUCCUGUUCCUCAUAGGAUCGAAGAGCAACAACCACGACUCAUUCCUGCUCAAGGAUUGGCGAAGGCACCUGAGCCAAUACAGGUUCGGCAUGUGCAGCUUGAUAUUGAUGACGACAGUAGUGAUUAUAGCAGUGAUGAGGUGAGUUCUGAUAGUGAAGAUUGACUGUCAGCCAAGUUUCUUCUUUCUGCUUGGUAUAAUUUUUUGCUUUAGAUAGGAAUGCUAGAGGCCUCCAAGGGUUGUGCCAGUCCUCCACUAUGGAAAACCAAAUUUGUAACUGAUUCCAGUGCAGGAAUCGAUCAAUUUUACCUAAAAACUUUUUUUUUUCAAUGUUUGGCUUUCUUUGUAACAUAUACAAAGUAGUUGUUGGAGUAAACA